UCAUCUUCCCCUCUCGCACCGCUCCUCUUUCUCAGUUUCCCAGCUGGACCAGUAUCUUUAGCACAGCCCGCACGUCUGUGGCACCCUCCACGCACCAUGGCUACACAAAUCACUGUCUCUUUGCUGGUUGCGCUUUUGCUCUUCGUCCACACCUGCGGAGUAUGGGCCGUUGUGGAGGUGAACAUGGAGGAAAAAGUGGAGGUGAUGCGUGGAGAAACAGCUCAGAUCACUUGCAUGUACACGUCAGACGAGGGCAUCGGUGGGACAACCAUAGAGUGGCUUGUCGUAACACGUUCAGGAGAAGAGAAGGCGAUCUACUUCCAGGACAGCUUUCACACAAAAACAGAGCCAAACACUCCCUACACUGACCGGAUCAGCGUAAAAAGAACCGGAGCAGAGGAAGUGGUGUUAACCAUCAAUAACGUGCAGCUGCAAGACGAACGGGAAUUCAUCUGUCGCAUCAAAAGUCUCACUGAUGGAAUGGGGAUGGGGAGCACAAACCUGAGAGUAUUUGAAAGACCAAACUUUCCUACCAUUGAGAGUAGGACAGAAGGCGUUACAGCUGACCAAGACAAGCUAUCAGAGAUCGGCACAUGUCAGGUGAAAAAUGGAUAUCCCAAACCAAACAUCACUUGGUAUAGAAACAACACUCCGCUGCGGAGUGUUACGAACGAGGUGGAGGUGUCCUCAAGCACCACAACUGAAUCGACCGGCUUGUUUUCUGUCCUGAGUAAACUGAGUCUGAACGUGAAGAAGGAAGACAAAGACGCUGACUUCUAUUGUGAGGCCACCUACCUUCUUCCUGGAUUCAGCGGCAUGAGUGAAACUGAACACAUCAACAUCACAGUGUUCUAUCCUUCCACUGAGAUCCAUGUUUGGGUUGAGUCUCCAAAGGUUAAAAUUAAAGAGGGGGACACGGUCGUACUGCAAUGCAGCGGCAAUGGAAACAGUCCAGCCUCAUUUUUAUUCAAGCACAAUGACGUUGACCUGCCUGGUGAAGCUGAUGUGAAAGUUCUGGAGAAUGUUUCUCGUCAAAACAGUGGAGUUUACCAGUGCACCUCCACUGAUAUGGAAACCUUUGAGGAACUCCUGAACACUACUACAGUAUCUGUCAACUAUCUGGAUGCUGCGGUUGUUACUCCCCGUGAGAACGUUUCCAUGGCAAUGGGGCAGGAGUUGGAGGCCACCUGCAAUGCCCUCUCCUCUCUGCAGACUCAGACAGUCUGGUUAAAGGACGGAGAGGAGGUGUCAAAGGGUCACAUUUUGAACCUGAAGGCUCAGUCGUUGGACACAGCAGGGACGUACGUGUGUGUGGUGACUGUUCCAGAAAUUGAGGGAAUGGAAACCAGCAGCUCACUGCGUGUGUUUGUCAAGAGCCCACCGGUGCUCAAAGAGGAUGAUGUGACAGAAGUGGAGACAGAGGAGGAAACUGUAGUCCUGAGCUGUCAUGCCAGAGGCUAUCCUGUUCCCACAAUCACCUGGGACACCAAAGAUGGAAAGAAACAGUCUGACCCAAAUUUCAGGAUAUUGUCCGAUGACAGCUCUCAGAGCACGCUCAGCCUUAAAGUGGAUUCCAAUGCCACCGUUUUCUGCAAGGCUUCCAACAACCAAGGGGAUGAUAAGGCGACAUUCAACAUCAGAGUCAAGACCACUGUUUACACCACACCAGUAGCUACCACCACUACCACCACGACUACCACCAAUAACACCAUUCCCAUUUCCAAUGUCACAGAUGUUUACACCACACCAGUAAUUACUACCACUACCACCACGACUACCACCAAUAACACCAUUACCAUUUCCAAUGUCACAGUCAAACCAAAAACCCCUAACUCAGCAGAGAAAGUCAAGGCAGAGAGCAAUGGCGUCAUAAUUGCAGUCAUCAUUAUCUGCAUCCUGCUUCUGGCCAUUCUGGGCAGCGUGCUCUAUUUCCUCUAUAAAAAAGGAAAGAUCUGCGGCCGAUCUGGAAAACAAGACCUCACAAAGGAGAAGUCCAGCAAAGAUAACAUAGUGGUUGAGAUGAAGAGCGACAACACAGAAGAAUCCAUUCUUCUCGGUGCCAAUGGAGAAAAGCAGCCCCCCAGAGACUAGAGUUGGGAGAACCUGCAUGUGGAGCCAUGAGGAGGCAUCUGUGAACCCCACCGACAGCUGCACCCGCUCUCCCCUCUCAGGCAGAACUACCCUUCAGGUGUCCAAGCCCGCAAUCGGAUGGUGACGAAGAACAACCUUUUCUUCCACCCCAACGCCAUUCAAUAAGACGUGGUUUAACUGCGGAUGAAUCCUUCACCUUCAAGCCAAAGACCCCUCUGUCCAUAGACCGUUUUCCUCCCUCCAUGCCUUUGUACACUGCUGAAUGUCCACAGAAAAGCCAUCCGAGCACAAAGCUGAGCAGGGACUGUUUUUAAAAGUGACUUAGCAUGAUCGAAACCAAACUAAAGAGCAGCCUGAAGCCUACCAGUUUGUGUACAUAUUAUAAUCUGUGUAUAUAUUUCUUUAUUUAAAAUAACACAGAAGAAAAGGAAAGUAGACAUUAAUCAGGUGGUCUUUUUUUAAGUUUUUAUUUUUAUUUGGUGCUUUUUCACAGAAAGAAUGGAGAGCUAUGUUGAGCUAGGAUUGGUCUGCACACUGAAAGUGUGAGGCGCAGCUGAGGCCUCACCUCUUACCGCCAGUUCGCACCUUCACCGACUCUUUGCCUUUUUGCUGCAAAUUAACUCGUCAGGUAAUGUUCAUGUUUUCCCGUCCUCUCUUCAUCUGCGUCCUCAUAAAUUUAUUAUAAAUGAAUGAAGAUACUGUUUUGUCUGAAUAAACCUCACUUUUCUUUACGUUUUCAUUUCUCAUCAGUGCCAUCCGACAGUUUUGUGUUUAAUCUCCAGUGCACUGAAACAGCUGUGAUUUUACUUUAAAAGGAUGAAGGAAGUAGUACUUUUAACCCUUGUGCUAUCUUAGAUGACCCCACCCUUGCAUUGACGUGUUCUUCCUACCUUGACAAAGGUGGAUAAAGGUGGAAAGAUUUCAUGUAAUCCAUGGACACCAGUGAAGAUCACAAAACAUUGAAGAAAAAAGGUUCAGCGCACUGUUUAGUGGGUCUAGAUGACCCAACUCCCAACGUUAAAGUAAAUAGCACAAGGGUUACACAAACCAAAGACUCUUUUAGGAAUGAAUGAAUUUAUGUUUGGUUGCAGGGAGACCCAGAAACCCCCCUCAGAAUCAAGGCUUUAAUCAAAAAUAUGGAUUUCACUGUUGCUGUUUUAUUUUUGUGUUCAUUUGUAGCAAUAACUACUGAGGUGGGGGACUGACUGUGACUCCACCUGUCAUUUCUGUUGGAAGAUAAUCAAGCCUCUCAACCAAUCCUGCUUUCAAAAUUAUUUGUUUUUAUUAAUGCCGAUUAAAAAAAAAAGUAUUCUUUAAAGCCUUGGAGUUGUAAAAUGUAUGUAAUUAAUGUUUUUGAAGAUAUUCAAAACAUUUCACAGUUUUUAGUUUUUUGGAAAUUACACUGAUCUAAUUAAAGAUGAGAUAAAAAAUUAAA